UGGUGACACUGCUCCAUCAGCUGUUUUGCAUUACACAAGCAACCGCUUGUUAAUAAGAUUUACUUUUAUUUUCCGAAAGUUAUUUGAAUUAAAACUCCGCCAUGCCUUUCAUGAAGGGCCGUGAGCCCAUCCGCCGUACCCUGAACUAUCUGAAUGCCGGCAAGCUGGUACUAAAAGACAAAGUGCGCAUAUUUAGCGUAAACUACAACACAUUUGGUGAUCAUCACGCGGGAGCGAGAGACUUUGUGUUCUGGAACAUCCCACAGAUCCAGUUCAAGAAUCCCGAAGUGCAGGUGAUCACCCUGAAGAACAUGACGCCUUCGCCUUUCGUCCGCUGCUAUUUCGAUGAUGGACGUGACAUGCUGAUAGAUGUCGAUGGCAAGAAACGGGACGACAUCAUCGAGCAUCUUAUCCAGGUGGUGGGCAAGACCCGCGAACAAUUGGAUGCGGAGGCGCGCCUCAAGGAGAGUAAGGAUAACCCUGCAAAUUUUGGUUACGGAUGCGACAGGCACUGCAUCUGCGAGAUUCCCGGCCAGGUUUCUUGUCCCGGAACGUUCCCGCUGCCCGAGCAUAUGCGUGGCAAGUUCAUAUUCGCACCCAAAUAGAUGUCCGCCUUGAUUCUAAUUGUUCCUUUUCUCUUUUUUUUAAUAAAUUAAUUGUAAAAAUUA